GGACGAAACGUGCAGGCUGUUGUUGCAUCUUAUUCGCAGGAAAACCUUAAAACAUUGAGACAUAUACAAAAUGUCUCCUUUUUUGCAUUUGGUCAAAAACAGACAUUACUCUGAUCAUCACAAAAGGGACAUUGCUGAAGGGAGCCCCUCUCUUACACGGAAGACCGAGGAAUCACGGUUAAACUAUAAGGAGCCAUAAAGCCUUUGGACACAGACAUGUCUGAUUCCUUUGCGUCUGUCCGAUCCCGUCUCUGGGACUUUUCUCACAUGCUGAUGAUGCCAAUAGAGAAGCACUUGGGUGUGAUACUCACUUGUUUGCUAUGGUAUACGGUAUCGUCAGUGUCGUCGCAGGUGACGAAGACCAUUCUGAACCAGUUCCCCUUCCCGCUCGCGCUGGGCGAGUGCCAGUUUGUGUUGGUGUCGCUGCUGUGUAUCACGACGAUGGUGAUCCUAGGUAGGAUGAAGUGGAUGCACGCAAUGUUCCCACCGGGCUCGGUUCCUCCCCUGGACAGCGGUGCUGGUGCUAUUGUCAAGCCAACAAGACACCUUCUGAUCACAGUGCUGCCGUUGAGCUGUUUCCAGUUUUUGGGUAAGCUCUUCUCCCAUAGCGCAACCGCGCUGGUCCCAGUCUCCACCGUUGCCGGCGUCAAGACCUUAUCACCUCUGUUGCUCGUUGUGGCCUACCGUGUACUGUACAAGGUGCCAUUUGCAAUGGCAACUUAUAUAUCACUGUUACCACUGUUGUGUGGUGUGCUGCUCAUAGUGAUGGCUGAUACAAAGGACACGCUGGUGACGACAACUGCAAGCGAUCGUUACAUAGGGAUCCUCUAUGCAGUGAUAUCCUUGUUUAUCUUUGUUGGACAAAAUAUCUAUGGCAAGACAGUGUUCACGUUUAACCAGAAACAUGUUAACGACCCAACAGAGUUGGCAUUGCCCCAUGAGGAUAAGAGUUCAACGUUACCAAUAACGAGGACAGACCGUGAGCAGGAGAAGGAACAAGAGCUUCACGAUAAUGAGGUGAAUUACCAAUUGGAAGUGGAAAAAUCCAGCUUGACAAAAUUUCCUAAGAUUAGAAACAAGUAUGACAAGCUGACUCUACUCUUGUACUGCUCCAUUUUGGGUGCAUUGUUAUCCUUACCGUGGUUCUUGUACAUCGAGGCACCACAGUUCUUAAGGUUAACGGCAGCUGAGGAGGAUAUCACAGAGGCACAUCUAGUUACCAUUCCUUGGGGGCUAUUAAUGAUUAAUGGGUGUUCUCAUUUCUUACAAUCACUCAUAGUGUUCCACCUCUUGGGUGCAAUCCCAGCAGUGAGCUAUUCUAUUGCCAGUAUGAUGAAAAAAAUCACAGUCAUCGUGGUCAGUAUGAUUUACACUGGGAACCCAGUUACGACACUUCAAUUCUUUGGUAUCCUGCUGACAGGUACAGGCUUAUUCGCAUACGAUAGAUGGGGAGGAACAACUUGAUUUAAACACACACAUGCCACCAGUGUAUGACUCUGUCGCAUUUUGACUCAAAGUAUGCAAGUUGAAAUAUUAGCUCUAAUGAUUUGCUUUUAUAUAUAAUAUAUAUGUCUUUUAGUUUGCUUGUACUAGUCAUGUUUUGUACUUUGUUUGCA